AUGAACUCGAGUCCUAACAAGCCAGGAAAUGGACUAUUACUACUUCCUCUGUCGUCAAUUAUAUAUCAGGAUGCGUCACAGAAUCUGUUUAUAAUAGAUAUACCAGUAUCUAUCAGCCUAGCCCAGCACCUACCAAACAUUACCAAAAAUGAUUCCCAUUUCAGGAUACCACUGAUAUACUCUUCAGAUGCCAUCGCUAGCCCGUACAGCGGCCCAUCUCCUGAGCCAAAGACGGAUCAGGCAAAAGCCAAGGUUCUUAAACUUGUUCCUGCAGAGGAGCGUGAAUACCACACAUUGAUAUGUGGACUAGUUGAAGAUGAGAUAAGAAGGCUUGGGAGAAAUUUCCGGGGCGAAUGGUGUUAUGCCAGACAAACGUUACCCCCUUGCGAAGAAGCAGGAUUUCCUUUACCAUCGAAGAAAUACCUGGGAAUCAACGGAUUAGAUUUGGUAUUUGCUCUCCCAACAGGGCAAACUAUGGCCCCAGAGAAAAACCAGGGACAGAGUCAUCGGGAUCUCGUGUCAACAUCUCCGCCGGUUAUUCUUUCGUCAGAAUUGAACGUCUUCUCAUCACCCAGAGAAAUUUCCAAUGCACUUGUGAAAAACCCCAGCUCUCAUCAAACUAGGAUAAAACUCUCUGGAGCUCUCGACUCAACCAUAGCCAGCGAAGAGCCUGAUCUAGGAAGAGAGAUUUUCUUUCGAAUCCCGCCUAAAUCAACUUUUAUACUGACACAUUUCCAACCGAGCUUACCAUGUUUAACCAAUCCCCUUUCUCUGGUUCCGCCUAAUCAGUAUUUCGACUUCAUUCUUGCCGAUCCGCCAUGGCCUAAUCGUUCAGCCAAACGCUCGAAGCAGUACACCAUAUCAACUUUAUCCUUUGAUGAUCUAGAACUUCUAAUUGGAAAUAUUUCACGAAAAUUUCUUAUAUCUUCUGGCAUAGUAGCCGUUUGGGUCACAAACUCCCAAAAGGCGCGACGGGCAGUUGAAAAUGCAUUUCAGGCAGCUGGUGUGAGGAAAAUUGAGGAGUGGGUAUGGGUUAAAACAACUGUUAUUGGACAGGUGGUGACCGCGCUUAAUGGAGUAUGGAGGAAGCCAUAUGAAAUUCUGAUAAUAGGGAGAGCAGGAGGGCAAGAGUAUGAUAUUAGGAGGAGGAUUACAGCGGGUGUACCGGAUAUACAUUCACGGAAGCCAGCGAUCAGGGAGCUAGUUGAACAGGCAUUUUUCGAUAACAAAGAAUAUACGGCCUUGGAGGUGUUUGCACGCUCUCUGACCGCGGGUUGGUGGGCAGUAGGGGACGAGGUAAUAAAGUUCAACUGGGAUGGUUGGUGGGCGGACUAG